AUGGUCAUGUUUGGGCAACAGGAAAUGUAUAUUCAUGCCAAACACUUUCGAGAAAAGGUCAAUAAUUGUAUCGAUUCAAGCGAAGAAAUACUCAGCUUUUACGAAGCAUUAAAAUCAUACACGAGGUCUUUGCUGCAACCUGAUGACUGUCAAGAAUUUGUAUCAAAAAUUCCUAUACCUCCAAGUGAAGGCAUAAGAAUAGUUAAAAUACAAAAGGUUGCAUCAGAAUCACUGGGUGUUGGAUUACGAGGCGGAAAAGAGCAUGGUGUUGGUGUUUUUAUAUCCUCUGUUGUUCGUGGCUCAAGAGGAGAUAUAGCUGGACUGAAGGCUGGUGAUGAAGUGCUUCUUGUCAACGGGUUUACGAUACGCGAAUCAACGCAUUCAGAGGUUGUUAGUCUUAUUAGAAACAGAAGAAAUCUCAGAAUCAAAGUGAGAAGCACCAGGAAAUACCCAGAUCGUAUAAACGGUAAAUUGAUUUGGAAAUCAAUGGAUGACAAAGAAAACGUGUUUCGAUACAAUGCUAACGUUUUGAAUCAUCUGGUUAGCCAGUUGACGCUAACUAGAAACCAGUCUCCAGUCUUGCAAAUUCGAGAUACUGAUAAACACGUGAAAUUUGUUGUUGGACCACAGGGUCUUGGUUGCGAGUAA